AUGGAAUUGUAAAGCCAAACUUGGACAAGAACAAUGUCUAGGGUAUCAUAAAAUUAACCCGUCUAUUGCCAUGAUAAUGGUGGCCUGGUGAUUACUACUUAGCUUCCUCUACUCCUGUAUUCCUAUGUAUAUAUAUAUAUAUAUUUAUUUUUUAUUUUUUUUUUUUCCAUGGUGCCCUUCAUGCGUUUACCAUCAUCAACGCUUACACCUUUUUUUUUUUUUUUUUCACACCAACCCUCUGAUAACACAUAUACAUACACACAUAUAUUCGUUUAGAAGGUCUUGGUUCCAUUUUCCACCCUCUUCUCUCGUUCCUGCAUGGAGGGUCACGCUCCUAGCCCCGCAUCAGCGGACUCAACUGAUCCCUUCGAUGUCAGCGAGUCUUUGGUCCCAAUAAGGAAGCCGCAGGAAGCUGGAAAUAGCAGUGUGUCAUUUGAUGGACUCCUGAAUGAUCCUCUGUUUCUCAAGGAGGAUCUUUCUGAAGGAUGUGGAGGCAAACUCUGGCCGGCUGGGAUGGUUCUGGCCAAGUAUCUUCUGCGCCAACAUCAGUCAGAUCUUGCUAAUAAAUCCAUUGUUGAACUGGGGGCUGGAGGCGGCCUUGUUGGAUUGGCAGUAGCUCGCGGCUGCGUUGUUGGGCCAUCCCCGAUUUACCUCACCGACCAAGAACCGAUGCUUCCAUUGAUGGAAACGAACAUAAAACUCAACAACCUCUCGCCGCUCGUCAAAGCUAUGGUUUUAAACUGGGGAGAGCCGCUUCCUGAUGACAUCCCUUAUCGCCCGGCUGUUAUAUUGGCUGCUGACUGCGUUUAUUUUGAACCGGCCUUCCCACUUCUCAUAACGACGCUCCAAGAACUAAUUGGCCCCAACUCAGUAUGCUACUUUUGCUUUAAGAGACGUAGGCGAGCGGAUGUUCGAUUUCUGAAAGUGGCAAAGAAAAUAUUUGAUAUCAGUGAAAUCCAGGAUGAUCCUGACGCCGAAAAUUACAAGCGCGAGAACAUAUUUCUUUAUAGAAUUCGCGCUAGAAAUAGCGAAACAGGUGGAAGAUAGAGGGCGCAAAUGAUUAAAUAGAAUCACAGAGAAAUGAAAGUAAAAGAAAGCUUGGUGUAGUAACUGGCGGAAGAAGAAAAAAUUUGAUUACAGGAAUCUAUAAAUACACCAAGUGAUGCGAUGC